AUGAAUCAUACCGAUGAAAGCACUUCCGUGUUGGUUGUCGGUGAUGUGUCCGCUGAGUUCAAUGUGAUUUUAGCCUCGCAUUCAGAUGCCGGAUCAGCUGUGUGGAAGAUUGUCCCACUCAGUGUGCUAAUUACUUGGACGUUGGGAAGUAACGGAUUAGUCGCCUACGCUCUGUUAACUAAACCUGCACUCCGCACCCCCUCAAAUCUGUUGAUUGGUCAUCAGGCUGCUAUCGAUUUUUUUAUCGGGCUCUUUUUUAUGACCCUAUCCGCUUGCAAAGAUGUUCUUGGGUUUUGGCCCUUCUCCAUUGAAGUCGGUGUGAUUUGGUUGAAUGGGAAUCGUUUGGUGUAUACUGCAUCUGUCUGGUCCACGACAUCCAUUGCAAUCGAUCGAUACACGGCAAUUGCGCAUCCCAAGUGGUAUCUGAUUGGAGUCAAACGGAAAAUGCGACGUACUUUGGCUUAUUACGCCCUAAUCUGGACAGUCUCUUUCGCAGUCUGGUCCCCCUCGUUUUUGAUGACAUCUGUGAAAAUUCGACGCUUACGAGAGUUUGCAAGUCAAGCUUUGCAUUCCAAAAUCGUUUUCCGAAUCGAACCGUUCUACGCCACCUAUGUGGUGUUUGGUUCUUUCCUACUACCGUUAUUACUCAUGGUUGGACUGUANGGACUGUACGGUCGUAUGCUUGUGCUUAUGCGUAAACAACGUCGAAAAAUGGAAAUCAGAUGGGCCUCACACAAGAAACGUCACAUGGAAAUACGACGUCUUAGACGCAGUUCUAGUAUGCAAUUGCGUAGCGCAUUCACCGACAUAGAUCCGGUCAUACGACCCGGAAAACGUUUGCCAAAGCAUCAAGUGCAAGUGCACAGUACAAUUCCCACGGUCGAAACGUUUAGUGGUUUGUGGCCCACAGAGUGCGCACACAAAGAAAUCCAUUUCAACAAGCCUAUUCUGGUCCGUCUAGCGACCUGUCCCAAAGUACCAAGUCACACGGUUGAGUAUCUGUCAGACACUGGUUCGCAGAUUUCCGCGAUGCCAACAGGCAAAGAAAAAAAUUAUAUUCAAAUAUNCAAAUAUCGAACAUGUUGGAUCGACGUAUGUUGCGGGAACAGAGAGCCAUUCGGUUGGUGGUCUUGUUGA